UUGUUUCCAGUUGGUAAGGUAAGACUCCUAGAUGUAGAGAAAGCAAUGCGUAAUCCUUCGAAUAAAAAAAAGGAAAUAUAAUCAAACUGUUAUAAACGAAACAAAACACCCAGUAUCAAAAUGUUUUGCUUGCCAGAGAUGCCUAAAGUACUCCUAAUUAUUAUUUACUUUUCUUUAAGCGCAUUGCAAGUUGUCAACUCACAAACUGGAGGGUGCGGACCCAAUCACAGCCGGGGCCGUGUCGUGGGAGGCUGGCCAGCUGCCGAAUGUGAGUUCCCCUGGCAAGUAGCUAUCACCAUAGGCACUGUGUUCUGUGGGGGUACUAUCGUGGACAAGCGACACAUCGUCACAGCAGCACAUUGCAUGAAGGACAAAAAGACGGGACAGCCUUUUCCAGCUAGUAGCGUGUACGUCAGAGCAGGCUCUUCAUUCCUCUCUAAUACCAGAGUUUACAGAGUGUCUAAUGUGAACGUCCAUCCAAAGCACACGUCCAUACUUAAAGAUUAUGAUGUGGCUGUGUUAACUUUAGCCCAAGAUUUAAUCUUUUCCUACUGCGUGGCUCCAGUUUGUCUCCCUGACCCUGGGGAGAACGCAGACGAUGUGGACUAUUGUACCACUUCAGGCUGGGGAGUUACUGAUUUCUACUCGAACGCACUUCCGCAGAGACUUCGUUCUGUGGAACUCCCCAUCGUCGACCAAUAUUUGUGUCAGCAAAGUUAUGGAACUAGACUCGUCAACAACCUGAAACUGUGUGCUGGAGAUUACUACAAUGGUGGUACUGACAGUUGCCAGGGUGACUCUGGCGGCCCAUUGGUGUGCCUUAAGCAAGGCCGCUUUGUCCUUUAUGGAAUUGUUUCCUUUGGAACAGGUUGCGCAAAGCCUUAUUACCCAGGAAUCUACACAAGAGUGACCAGUUACUACAUUAGGGCGUUUAUACAAUCUGCUCUGCAGAAUUAAAAAUAUGGCAAAGACAGAUCCUUACUUAUACUUAUUGUGUCUAUUGUGUUCUAUACUUUUUUUUAUAGUGUGCAUCUGAACUAUUCUGAACAUUUUGAUUUGGUAAUAUAACUUUAAUAUGUCGAAGGGAAAUGAAUAAACUAAAACACUAGAUUUUAUUGCUGCCUGACCUCUCGAAUACAAUUUUACUGACAGUUUAUGAAAUAUAAAUAAGCAUUGAUCUUCAUAAAAUAUGUUGUAAAUUGUAAACACUCUCCAAUAAACUUUGUAUAAACUGUUCCUAUCAAUAAAUAUAUGUUAUUGUUUU